UUGUACCGGGUAAGCUAGCUAAUGGCUAGUAGCUGUUAGCUGCCUUCUAACGUUGGUCAGAGGAGCCAAAUAAAGACUCAAAACAGGCAAGUUUGUCCACGACCAAGCAUCGUAUACUUGGUAUACUUCAGACAACGAAGGUCAGAGAAUAUGGUUGUGAAUCUCUGUCUUCCACACUUUUGUGCAACAGCUCAUUGUAACAAGCUUUGUGCAGAUGGCUAUGAUGUCACAAACCUUGUGUCAGCUGACCCUGCUCUCCGGAGGCGCGGCUUCAAGCUGGAGUACUUUCUACGUCCACCUGUACAGGUUACAUUGAAGUUUGGCUUCCAGGUGGAGCUGUGCAGGGUGGACGUGGAGCUGUGGCCCUGGGGUAUGGACCGAGGACAGGCCUGUAAGAGACUGGAGAUCAGCACCAGCUCUGAUCCACUACCUUCCCAGAAUAUUGACCAAGGCCACAAACUGGUUCAAAAGAAACAAAUGCAGGUAAAGGACCAGAAACAGAGCAAAGAAAAACAACAAGUAGAGGACAGUAAAUCCUGCCAGAAUAAUGGCCACCAGUGGGGACUUCAGGCCCAACAGUGGGGUGAGGAAGCCCUAGGUGAGCCUCAGCAAAGAGGCCAUGCUUUCAAAUCAAACACUGAAUCCAGUAAUCCUGAACCAGAGUUUAAAUUAGUCGGUCGUUGUGAACUUAGGGAGGAAACCCAAGUCUGUUUCACACGUUUAAAUUUCAGUCCCCGGCCUCCGUUCCUCUCUACACCACCUCAACAACCUACAAACUGUCGGCAGGAGGAGCUAUGGAGUCGGGGUCUGCUAUCGUUAGGAGCCGUGACACAACUUCGUGUGACGUUGCCUUUCGGCGGUUCAGCAUCUGCUCUGGGGCUCAAGGCUUUGGCGGUUUGGGGACAACCUGCUCGCUGCUGCCGUGCAGAAGAAGUGGAAAGGAUUAAAAGAGUCCAUCAGGCCAGUUACAGACGGCUGCAGAAACCUGCAUUUUUUACCUCUUCUGUCAGUCAGACACAACCACCACAGGGCGCAGCAACACCCCCAAGCAAUCUUUCCAUCCCAGAAGAGUUUCUUGACCCAAUAACCCAGGAGGUAAUGAUGCUGCCAAUGCUGCUGCCUAGCGGUGUGUCUGUGGACAACACCACUCUGGAGGAGCACCAGAAAAGGGAAGCCACAUGGGGUCGACCCCCAAACGACCCCUUUACUGGGGUCCCGUUUACUUCAACCUCCCAGCCUCUUCCCAACCCCCAACUGAAAAGCCGCAUCGACCGAUUCCUCCUGGAGAAAGGGAUGAUGGGUAGGGACGGGAUGUUGGGCAGACAAGGAGAGGGAGAAAUUCCACAGGCUUCAAGACUCGUACCCUCCAAGGCAGUUGGACAGCCCCAGUAUUCUCCGAGUCUGAGUGAAAGUUUGAUAAACAGCACUGCUGUUCAGUACAAUGCUGGCACCAGAACCACAAACAGGACUACACAAAAAGAGGACACUGAAUUGGGACAUUCAUCUGAUAAUGGGAAUUGCACAAUUUACUCCAAGCCUUUUACUCAAGAGAGUAAAUCAGAGUUGGAGAGAAGAAAGAAAAGAGAUCUCAGUGAAAUUGUGUUUGAGACGCAACAUCUACCUCAAACAAAAAUACCAAGACACGAUGCAGUCUCAGACCCCAGCUGCAGCUCUCAUGAGCAGCGUUUGUCAGCCAGUCUAGACGAGGCUCUCUUCUCCGCCCUGCAGGGCCGACCCUCCUUCACCUCAAACUUGUCUCAGCAGAGACGGGAUUGUCCCGACUCUGAAGCACUGAAUACGUCACAGCACAGUCAGACUGCAGGCACUGCCAGUAUGCCAACAGGUGAGAAGACGUGCUCUGCAUGUUCCUGUUCGGUCUCGAUUUACUCCACGUCAUCCAUCUACCGUCUAACCUGCGGUCACUUGCUCUGCCGCUCCUGCCUCCAGAGGGAAUCACAACCAUCAAACUCCGUCACUAUAUCAGCAUCCAAUCAUAUCUUGUGUUCAGAUUGCCAAAGACGGACCCCACGCAGUGACAUUGUACGUGUGCAUCACUGACAGAUGCCGUAAAAGGCAAGUCUGUGCUUCUGAAAGCCUGGGAAGGAAUGAGGAAGAUUGUUCUGAAGGUAAAGACAGGGUUGUACUCCACAGUUGUUGAACGUGGGAAAAUAAAAAUUCAGCUUAAAGUUUUGAAUUGUUGAUUAACAUUCUAAACAAUUGCCACAUCUCCAUGACACCACCCCAUCUUCUGUGUUGUUUUGUAAUAUUAUUUGUUAUUAGUGUGCCAUUUAAGUUUUUUUAAGUCCAGCACUGAAUUAUUUUUCCAAUGCUCUUUGACGUUCCCAAUGUCCAAGCUGUAAAAAGAACAUCACUGAAUGCAGAGACCUUUACAAAAAUCUUGUGUUUAAGGAUGAGUCUUGCUCUCUUCCACCCCCUCUGCCCAUCUUAGCCUUUUCAAGUGUAGUUGCAGCCUUGGUUCUGCAGCAUUUGUAUAGAGCCCAGAUGCGUAGAUGUAUUGAGGAUGGACAAAGAAAAGGUUGGGCAACAGAUGCAAUGGAAGCAAGAGGCCAGAGGAAUGAAAGUGGAUUUCGAGUGGGUCCAAGGCUGUGUCAUUGUAAAAAAAAAAAUACAGUGGGUCAUGCUUGGCCUUCCCCUCUUUUCCUCUUCACUCCAUAACGGUAACCAUCCAUAACCACUUUAUAUAUCCAUACACUUUUAUAGGCUUUGUUGUCCUUAAGGUAGAGUUCAGAAUUUUUUAAAGUGGGGUUGUACCAAGUACCUAUCCAUAGUUAUUGUAUCACCCACAUUAGAUGGUGGUUGGCACACUCCGAGUUUGGUUAAGGAAGCGAGAGUAUUGGCAGAGAAGCAAAGUAAUGUACUGCUGAAGAUGGGCCGCAGGUGUACUUUAGCCCCCCCAAAAAAGUCCCACCUACUAAAUCAAUAUCAGUUUAAAGAAGUACUAUAUUUAGAAUAUUUCCACUGCUUUAUCUUGCUCUCAAACAGCCCUGUUUAAGUUUGCACAGGGGGAAAUGAAGCCGUUUGAUGCUCUUGAAAAAAACAGUAAUUUUACUUUGCUGAACCACCUUGGAAACACGUAUAAAUAUGUUUUGCUGCUGCCCCCGUCAACAGCAGUGCAUUGCAUAGUUUCUCCUGUGGCACUCCUGUCUACUUCUCCAAACUGUGGGCAUGCUGACUGCUAUCUACUGCAGGUUAUACACAGAGUAGGACUACGUACAUUAGUGUUCAAUAUAAUAGCAGGCCAAUGUGACUAACCAGAUUAAUUCAGGUUUUUAGUAUAUUUUUUAUUGCUACAUGACAAACAAGGUACCAGUAGGUGCAGUAGAUUCUCAGAAAACCAACAAGACCCAGCAUUCGUGAUAUGCACGCUCUUAAGGCUGUGCAAUUGGGCAAUUAGUUGAAAGGGGUGUGUUCAAAAAUAUAGCAGUGUCUGCCGUUUACUUUACAAACUCAAAACUAUUUUGUACAAACUUUUUUGUUUCUAGGAUUUAGCAAUCCUGUGAAUCACUAAACUAAUAUUUAGUUGUAUGACCACAGUUUUUAUAACUGCUUCACAUCUGUGUGGCAUGGAGUCAACCAACUUGUGGAACCUUUCAGCUGUUAUUCCUCUCCAAGAUUCUCUAACAACAUUCCACAAUUAAUUUAAAUUUCUUGGUUUUGCUUCAGAAACAGCAUUUUUGAUGUCACCCCACAAGUUCUCAAUUGGAUUAAGGUCCGGGGAUUGGGCAGGCUACUCCAUAACAUCAAUGUUGUUGGUUUGGAACCAAGAUUUUGCUGGUUUACUAGUGUGUUUGAGGUCAUUGUCUUGUUGAAAGACCCAUUUCAAGGGCAUGUCCUCUCUCUUCAGCAUAAGGCAACAUGACUUUCAUGUAUUUUGACAUGCAAACUGAUCCAUGAUCCCUGGUAUGUGAUAAAUAGGCCCAACACCAUAGUAGGAGAAACAUGCCCAUAUCAUGAUGCUGCACCACCAUGCUUCACUGUCUUCACUGUGUACUGUGGCUUGAAUUCAGAGUUUGGGGCUCGUCUGACAAACUGUCUGUGGCCCUUGGACCCAAAAAUAACAAUUUUACUCUCAUCAGUCCACAAAAUGUUCCUCCAUUUCUCUUUAGGCCAGUUGAUGUGUUCUUCGGCAAAUUGUAACCUCUUCUGCACAUGCCUUUUUUUAACAGAGGGACUUUGCGGGGGAUUCUUGUAAAUAGAUUAGCUUCACACAGACGUCUUCUAACUGUCACAGCACUUACAGGUAACUCCAGACUGUCUUUGAUCAUCCUGGAGCUGAUCAUUGGCUGAGCCUUUGCCAUUCUGCUUAUUCUUCCAUCCAUUUUGAAGGUUGUCUUCCGUUUUCUUCCACAUGUCUCUGGUUUUGCUCUCCAUUUUAAAG